AUGCGGGGCCAAUGCAGCGGCAACACACGCCCCUCACACACACACGCACAUACACGCUAAUUUCCACCCUCGUCGACAGAAGAGUCGGCACACGCGUGGAAAGAGCCAAAACAUUCCGCAUGAUGAUGUGACCGAUGUGAAUGUACAAAUUGUGGAAAAAGCACGCGUGUGACACAUUUGUAUGGGGCGCGCGUGCGUGGCUGAAAUAAUGUAAAUGGGUGGGCACCUUUCGGAGCAUGAAGGCACACAUGUGGCAUAUGAGAGGAUAUAACACACACGGCUCAGGGUCCAGGGCACUGGCAGUCUGCUGGAUCUGGCCUAUUUUGUUCUGGAGCACCCAGACGCGUUGGUUGGUGCUAACGAUGUCGUUCUCCAGCUCUUGGAAUAAGGAGCAGGCGUGCCGGGCCAGGUCGGACAGCUGUCGCAAGUCUGUAGUAGAGAAUCAAGCAAAGGAGUUCCUGCGGAAGUUUGAUGAGGAGGCCAGUGCUCGUAUGUACCAGUACUCACUUGCAUCAUGGGCCUACAACACCAACAUCACAAAGGAGAACUCAGACAACUUGUCAGAACAGGGGCAAAUUUGGGGCAAGUUCUACACCCAGAAGUCAGAAGAGGCUCAGAGAUUCCCCAUUAACCAAAUCAAGGACCCUCAAAUCAAAUUACAACUCAUCACACUACAAGACAAAGGUUCUGGUGCUCUGUCACAAGCUAAAGCUGAACACCUGAACAAGAUCAUGAGUGAGAUGAGUACAAUCUACAGCACAGCAACGGUGUGUCUGAUGGAUGACCCGCUAAACUGUCAGACUUUGGAGCCAGGCCUGGAACAUGUGAUGGCCAACAGCCGCAACUACUCUGAGCGUCUGCAUGUGUGGGAGGGAUGGAGGAGACAAGUGGGGAAGCGAAUGAGGCCACUGUAUGAAGACUAUGUGCAUCUGAAGAAUGAAGCUGCCAAACUGAACGGGUUUGAGGACUAUGGAGCUUAUUGGCGAUAUAACUAUGAGACUGUUGAGGAGGAAAGUCCAUACAAUUACACAAGACAACAGCUCAUGGAGGAUGUACGCUCCAUCUACAAACAGAUCCUGCCCUUAUACAAGGAGCUGCAUGCCUAUGUGAGGGCAAAGCUGAUGGAUGUUUACACAGGCCACAUCGAGGCUCAAGGACCACUGCCAGCACAUCUCCUGGGAGACAUGUGGGGAAGAUUCUGGACCAACUUGUAUCCUCUGUCAAUCCCCUAUCCGGACAAGCCUGAUAUUGACGUCAGCAAAACAAUGGUGGAAAAGGGCUGGAAUGAGAGUCGACUUUUUGACGAAGCGGAGAAGUUUUUUAUGUCGGUGGGACUGUAUAAAAUGUUUGACAACUUCUGGACCAACUCCAUGCUGGUGAAGCCUAAUGAUGGACGCAAGGUGGUCUGUCACCCUACGGCCUGGGACAUGGGGAACAGGAUGGAUUUUAGGAUCAAAAUGUGCACCAAAGUCAACAUGGACGACUUCCUGACAGUACAUCACGAGAUGGGCCACAACCAGUAUCAGAUGGCUUACCGGCAUCUGCCCUACCUCUUGAGGGACGGCGCCAACGAAGGUUUCCACGAGGCCGUUGGAGAGAUCAUGUCCCUAUCUGCUGCGACACCCAAACACCUGAAGAGCCUUGGCCUCCUGUCUUCUAACUUCACUUAUGAUAACGAGACGGAGAUUAACUUUCUUCUGAAGCAGGCUCUCACCAUUGUGGCCACGCUGCCUUUCACCUACAUGCUGGAGGAAUGGAGGUGGCAGGUGUUUGCAGGAAACAUCCCAGAGGAUAAAUGGAUGGAGCGCUGGUGGGAGAUGAAGAGAGAGCUGGUUGGGGUAGUGGAGCCGGUGCCAAGAGAUGAGACUUACUGUGACCCCCCUGCUCUGUUCCAUGUAUCUGGAGACUACUCCUUCAUCAGGUACUUUACAAGAACCAUCUACCAGUUUCAGUUCCAAAAAGCUCUUUGCCAUGCUGCCGGUCAGUCAGAGGUCUUGUCUUCUUGUGACAUUACUGGUUCUACAGUAGCCGGCUCCAAGCUCAGGAACAUGUUGGAGUUGGGUCGGGCCCAGUCGUGGACCAAAGCUUUGCAUGCAAUAUCUGGAGAUACCAAGAUGGAUGCGGGGCCCCUGCUGGACUAUUUCCAAAAACUGUACGAAUGGCUGAAGACUGAAAAUAUGAAAAAUAACUGCACUGUUGGCUGGGAUAAAGCUAUAGAUCCGUAUUCCGAUUAUGCCAUCAAAGUCAGACUCAGUUUGAAGAUGGCCAUGGGCGCUGAAGCUUAUUCCUGGAACGCCAACGAGCUGUUCCUGUUCAAGGCCAGCGUGGCUUAUGCUCUGAGACAGUACUAUAGUCAAAAUAACGAGACGCUUCUCUUCACACCAGAGAACAUCCUAACUUAUAAAGAAACACCCAGGAUCUCCUUCUACAUUGUGGUUACCAAUCCUGAGAAACCUUCUGUAUACAUCCCAAGAGAAGAUGUGAAAGCAGCCAUACGAUUAUCCCGAGGCCGAAUUAACGAUGCAUUCCAACUGGACGACACGACACUAGAGUUUGAGGGUAUCCCAGCAACCCUUUCCCCUCCUGUGGAGCAGCCGGUGGAAGUGUGGCUGGUUGUGUUUGGCGUGGUGAUGGGAGUGGUGGUGCUCAUGGGACUCUACCUUAUCGUCUCUGGCAUCAGAGAUCGCAGAAAGAAGUCUACAAAUGUGGGAGUCGAAAAUCCUUAUGAGCCUGAUGGACAGACUAACAGGGCCUAUGAGGACAGUGCUGAUGAACAAACUGGAUUAUGAGGAGUGAUGUCAUUUUCAUGUACGAGAGGGGAGGCAAUCAUAUGGCUUGGUGUAUGUAAAUAAAUUGGCGUUCACCUACGGUUAAGCCAAAAAUUAUUCAUAUCUUGGCCAUAUUCACGUUGAAGGGAACUGUCAAGGCUCGCCCCUACAUUGCCCCACCUUAUGUGUGGCUCAUUUACUUUUUAGAUGGACGUAACAUGCAGUCAGGGGAGGCAAGUGAGGCAGCGCCUCACCAGCCUUGAUGAAAAAUUUUAAAAACUAAUAAUAACAACAUAAAACAAGUAAUAUUUGUCUUUUCUGUAUGUGUGCAAUUGUUUUCAAGUAAAAAUUGCUGAAUUUGCACAUUUCCAGCUCAAGUGAGGUGUGCCUGCCUACGGUCAUACUGCACGCCGAGUUGGAUCAUGGCGCCUGCUACUUCUGUUUGUCAGAAUGUUGAUAAAAAUAUGUUGCAGAAACAUUUAUUAUACAGUAUGACUUUCUAAAGUCCGUGUAAUGUCUUUAAUGUAAGUGUGACAUCAUUAUUCGUGCUAAUCGAACAAUAAAAUACGUAGGAAUGUCAUACGUGAGGCCCUUGCAGUACCACAGCAUCCUGAAGGGGUCAGGGUGUGCUUGUCACUGCUGUUCUUCCAUUGGGCAAAGGCCAAUUCUUUUUUUGUACAGCAGCAGCUCUAGCUAGCAGAAAGUCAGAUGUAUUCGAGCUAUUUUUAUGCUCUGCUGAAUGAAUGAAUGAAUGAAUUUCACUGCCAAGUGUGAGGAUUAUGUACCCAAGCUCACCAGGAAGUGAUCAGACUUUUACACCAAUCAGAACUUUUCCUGGAGAAGGAUAGGGUGCAUGCACUUCAUGUACAGGAAAAAAGGUAAGAACACAAAUGUUUUUCAGUUCAUAAAAAAAUAAAUAAACGGGACUAAGAAGUAUUUGCAAAUAAUUUGAAGACAUUUUUGUAAAAGUGAAUUAUUGUCUUGUUUUUCUUGUUAUCCUCUAAUUGAGCAAACUGUAUUAGCAUAAAAAAACCCUCCAAUAGAGUCGGUGUCUAACCAGCCAUGAACCUUACAGGGUAUAACACAAGAGGUAAAAUACUGUAAGAGGUUGUGAUCAUAAUGAUGAAAAAUCUAUUAACAUUUUCUUUGAAAAUGUUCAUGUUAAAAAUGAUUAAUAUUUUUUCUCAACAUAAGCAUAUCCAUUGAUUUAAGCAUAUAGUCCAUUCGAAUGCUGUAGAUCCAGAAGACAUCAGAGCUGCAUGAGCUUGAAAAGAUAAAAACAGAUUUUUCAAACAUGCUAAGGUAACUUCUGUUUUGUUAAAGGCAAAAUUUAUUUUUUUUGUCCCUACAGUGAGACAUAACGCAGCCUGGGUUGAGCAGGAAACACAUAACAGGCCCCACAAAAUCUUUUUUGAGAAGUAAGUGAGAGUCCAAUGUCCUCCCCGGGAGGCUCACUGUGGUACACUUUGAAAAUCUCUGAGCUAAAUUACGCUAGAAGUUACUAUUCUCCUUUACCAAUGUAUUAUUUUUUGGUUUGUUUGUUUACCACAUUCUUAAUCAAGGAAUUCAUUAUUUUGGGAUUAACCAUGUGUGGCUGCACUUACCGAUUUAUACAAUACAGCGUAAUUUCUGGUGUAUAAGCCGCUACAUUUUCUUAAACUCAAACCUGCAGCUUAUACAGUGAUGCGGCUAAUUUAUGGCUAAAUUCUAAUUUUGUGACAUCUCCUAUACUUCAGAAUUAUUACUAAUCAUUUAAAUACCGUGCCGCUCUCGAAUCAGUGAGUAAACGGUAGCUCUUUCUUUAGCAGGAGCCAAUCACAAGCUAUCUGUGAACUCACGACGAGCUUGUCAACCCAUUGGAAAUCAAAUUGG